AUGAGCCGCGAGGCGUCGCGCUGUUUUAACCAUAAAAAGUCCCACCUUCCAUUCUUUACGCACGGUCUCCGCCUUUUUCUUUGUCGUGUGUAUGUAUGUGUCCGCCAAUAUAUAUAUAUUGGAGGCACAUUUGGCUUUGCUCUCUUCUUCGUUCUCCUUUGUGUGUUUGCCGUUCUCCGUUUGGUGAGGGGGAGUUUUGGGGGCCUCAAAGAGAAGAUCUUCUUCUUGUUGCGUUUAACGAAGGCAAUGCAUCUUCCAAUGAAGCAGGACGGUGCCGCGAUGGCUGUCCCCGCGGACGUCAGUUUUGACGCUGCGGUGCAGCGUACUAACGAUGACAGUGUCGUGAGCAAACGCUCGGCGGUGUUCCAUGGGUACUUUGAGGAUCCGUAUCUUCGACAUUUUGUGCGAAAGUUCUCUCGGCGUUCCCCGUUGAUAAAUCGUGGGUACUAUUUGCGUAUGCUGGUCAUUACGGAUCUUAUUGAGAAAUGCAUUUGUCACCUUCAAUGCGCUGACCCCUCCAUUGCGGCACCCGUGCAGGUUAUCUCCCUUGGCGCCGGAUACGACACUCUCGCCAUGCGUCUUAAAGAAGAACCCCAAUACGCCAAUGUGCACUUUUACGAGGUUGACUUUCCAUCGGUCAUGCAGUCCAAGUCGGAAUUGGUGCGGGCAGCUCCAAAAGGCGCCUUUAAGGAGGACUUGGUUGCGGAACCGGCACAAGAACUGGUGAAACUGCAUGGAAACAAUUACCGUGCGAUUGGAGUGGAUUUACGUGGCACGGAACACGACCUGAUUAACUCCCUAAUGAAGGCAUCGCAGUACUUUUCCCCCAAUCAUCCCACAGUUCUCUUCGCCGAAUGCGUCAUGCAAUACAUGCCCCCGUCUUCCGCAGCUGAUCUCAUCAAGCUUAUAGCAUGCUCCUUUUCGAGGGCUAUAUUCGUUGCGUACGAUCAGGUGAAUCCGGCAGAUAGCUUUGGUAAUGUGAUGCAAGUUUCCCUCCGUGCUAAAGGCAGUCCAUUACUUGGGCUUGCAGAAACUCCAGGAAAAACAGCAAUGCUUCGCCGUGCCCUUGAAUGCAGGAUGCAAGAAGCGCGUUUUGCAAAUUUCCACGAACUUUCGCGGCAUUAUCUGAUGGGGGAUGAGCGGCAGCGUGUUGAGGCACUAGAGCCAUUUGAUGAGGCGGAAGAAUGGUGUGAGAUGUGUGAACACUACGGCAUCACGAUGGCUACGACAUCGCAUGAAGUUGGCAUGCCUGCCCAUCCAGCUUUUAAGGAAACGCCAAGCGAGACAACAACAGAAGGCUCAGAGGAAGUGGCGCAAUCCCUUGUGCGUGUUGAAAAGUGGCCAAGGGGUCGUUUUGGUUUUGAAGGUUGGGGCAAUGGACAGGCGUUUUCAGAGAAACUUUCGUCUGGUGAUGUAAUCAUUGUGUCAUUCGGUGGCUUUUCUGCCACGCGGAGCCAUCAGAGGACGAACACAGUGUAUGUUCAUAGUCUUCGUGAAGGUGAUUGCAAAGUCAUCACUGCAGCUUCCAGUGUUGAACCACCCACUCUCGUGUUUCAUUCUUUCAGUCGUGUAGCGCGUGGGGUCUACGUUGUGCUUGGUGGCCGCACAAAUCCCAAGGAUGUAACGAUGGAUGCGUACCUGCUGCAGCUGGAGCUACCCGAAGAAACUGAGGAGCUGCAAAAAACACAUCUAUUGGCUCUGUGGACAAAACUCGUGCCUGUGGCAGAAGCCAAUAAGCUCCCGGAGGCGCGUUACCGUCAUGCAGCAACGACUGUCGAGAAUAGAACAAAGGAGGAAUUGGAACGGCCUAUUUUUGUUUUUGGAGGUCGUAAUGGGGCAGGCCAUUUUUUGAACGAUGCGUGGAUGGCGACAGUUUGUGGCGAGAAGAUACAUUGGAAGCAUUUGCCACUUACAGGAGAUAUCCCGCCGCCGUGUUGCUCCAGCGCCGUUAUUGAUCUUCCUUCCACCACCGCCGUGUUGCUUAGCGGUGGCUUGAUGGCAGGCGAUGUUUGCGAGGGUGCCGUAUGGCGUGUGAAUUGGACGAAAGGCAAUUGUCGCAGAAUGCCAUACACGGUGUUCCCGCGUUUUUCUCAUACCAUGUGCCACGUGGAGGUGGGCGGUGUGGCGUGUGUGCUUGCCCUUGGCGGCUCGACCUGUCGGCCACGCGAAGGACAUCCGUCUGCGGUUCUCCUCAACCCUGAAACAGGUGAGGCAGCAUGCGUGCUAGCACUUCCCCCAGAAUGCCCAACGUGGACCCGACACUGCUGCAUCUCACUGGGCAAUGGUGUUGUAGCGGUUUUUGGUGGUGGUUUCACGUGUUUCUCAUUUGGCACCUUUGCUGCCAAGCCGUUGUUUCUUCUCCUGGGCGAAAGGAGCGACUGGCAUGUGACCAAACAGCCCAAAACAGCGGUGCAUUUGUCUCAAUCGUCCCCAUCUCCUCUUCUUUCACGUAAACGGCCCGCCGUUGAGGCCCAGCCGUUCAGCAAGGAGGCCUUUUUGGCACUUGUACGUCAACCAAAUCGACCUGUUGUAUUCCGCAAAGUUAAUAUGGGCCGCUGUGUCGACCUUUGGGCAAACCCAACGUACUUGAAGGAGGCAGAGAAGAACACGAUAGUUUCGGUUCAUGUUGCUCGAGAAACUUACUUGCUUGACUUUGUAAAAAAAAAUUUUACUUUCCGGCAUGUAUCUUUUGGUUCGCUGGUGGACCACUGUGUGAAGGCAGAGGAGAAUCCUCACGCGGCUGGAUCCGAGGCGUGGUAUCUGCGUGCGGUGGCGCCUAACAUGAAAACGGAACGCGCAAAUGUAUGGAAGGAUUUUCCAAAAUUAGGAGGCGACUUUGUACUUCCACCUGCCGUGGCGGAACAUGUCGAGUCCCGUAUGCAUCAGGCCUGUCUUCGUCUGAACGCUCCGCCCCUGCAAUUGUGGACGCAUUACGACACCCUUGACAAUGUUCUGUGCCAGGUUGUAGGGAAAAAACGUGUUGUUCUCUUUCCUCCCAGUGAGUACAAUAAUCUUUACAUGAGCGGCAGUUCCUCGGCUGUGCUGAAUAUUGAUGCACCAGACUUGGGCCGAUUCCCUCGCUUUGCUGACGCAUGUCGCCACGCUACUGAGGUUGUGCUGGAGCCGGGAGAUAUGCUUUUCUUACCUUCCCUCUGGUUUCACCACAUUACGACGAUGGAGGGAAGUUAUUCCAUUAGCGUAAACGUCUUCUUUGAGCGGUUCCCCCACGAAGAUUAUGAUAAGAAGGAUUUGUAUGGAAACAAAGACCUCCCAGCCGCAGCAAGACUACGCAAACGCAUUGUUGAGCAGGUGCAGCAGCUUGUUUCGGAACCUUUCAUAGAAAAAACAAGCGAUGGAAAGCCAUUACCACCAGACUUUGUUGAAUUUGCACUGCGGCAGGCCAUUCAGGACCUUGAGGAAAUAAGUGAUAACAUGGCGGUUGCCCACAGGGGGAGCAAGCGUCUCUAA